GCCAGUAGAAUUAGCGGAAAAUGACCCCAAACUUUUAAAUAAAUUCGGCCUAGCCAAAUUUUGCACCAUUUGAUUCAUAAAAAUAUAAGAAAUUUUUUAAUAUUUGCCUGCAUGCUCUAAAACUUAUGCUCAUUUCAGAAAAUGCGUUUGAAAAAUUUUUCAUACAUUUUUCCAUAGAAGCCAUCGAAGCCAUUGAACGAACAUGCGACGUCGCUGAAUUUCGUGUUCCGAAAAAGUAUGAUUUGACAGUUGAGAAUUUUCGAGUAAAUAUUUUCAUUUUUGUGGGGAUUUUUUUUUGUGAAAUAAUGUGUGUUUACUUAUUAUUUCUGCAUUAUCUCAUGUAGGAAGUACUUUUUUUAAUCCUCGUUAUAAUUUGUUGAGUGGAAAUUGUAAAAACUAUAGUAUUUUAUGUGGUUUGUGGGGUUUGUGUGAGCAAUUUCUUGGAACCCCCCAGUGACGUCACUUGUUCGUUCAAUGGCUUUGAUGGCUUCUAUGGGAAAAUGUAUGGGAAUAUUUAAACGCAUUUUCUGAAAGGAGCAUAAGUUUUAGAGCACUCCAGUAAGUAUAAAAAGGUUUCUUAUAAUUCUCUGAAUCGAAUAGUGCAAAAUUUGGUUAGUCCCGAUUUAUUUGUAGGUAAUUUUACAUCUCAGCUGGCCUAUUAUCGGGGUUUAUGGAAUUUGUCUUAAAAAAUUUCUCAUUGAAGAAUAUUUUUAGUUUGCUCUCAGAGUUCUCUGUGCCAACAAGUCCAAAUUAAAAUUAUGCCAAUUGUAAUAUUAGGCUUUAAAUAAAGCUCUUCAGUGCUUUUUUUUUUAAAUUUCUAAUCAUGGCAAUGAAAUUACAAGUUAUUGUUAGUGCAAUCAUAGUGGUUGUUUGCCUGAUCUAUCCCAACCAAGGAUUACUUCAGGAUGUUUCCUGUGACAAAGCAUUGAGCGAUUCAAUCAAUUGUGUCUUUACGAACUUAAAAAGUAACGAAAUAAAUUUCAAAGGCUCUACAAAAAACUUUGAAUCUCUAACAUUCAAGAACUGCAACUUAACAAAGUUUCCAACAACUUUAUUCAAAACUUUUACUAAACUGACAAGGAUGGACUUAUCCAUGUCCCAAGUCCGCCAACUUAAUGAAAAAGCAACACUAAAUGGCGCAAAAAAUCUCAAAAUUUUGGAUUUAUCACAGAACAAUCUUGAAAAAAUUGAAGAUUUUGUGUUCAGCGAAGGAAAAGAGUUGAUGGAGCUUCACCUGUCACGAAAUAAAAUAAUUUCUGUGGCUCUCAAUGCUUUUUCUGGGCUCGAUAAGCUUAUACGUCUUGACUUGUCGUUUAACGCACUAAAAAUGCUGCAGGGAGAAGUAUUCUCAGGAUUGACGACACUCAAAUUCAUCUAUUUGAACGAUAACCGUCUAGAAAACUUUAUAUUUGACUUACGUGAUAUGAAAAAUUUUACGGAAUUCAAUAUCAGUCACAAAUUAUCUACGGUAGCUCCCUAUAUCAAACACAAAAACAGAGUUAAAAAAUCCUUGACUUACAUUUCAGCACCUUAUAGAGGCUCGGAUAAUAGCCCAAAAAGGAUUAUUGAAAGCCACAAUAAAUUCAGUAUGAUUAGUGUUGAGGCCGAUGUAGGAAUCAAAACCAUGGACUUUUCUAGGAAUCUACUGAGAGAUCUUGAGGACAUCACAAAGAUUCAAACUCUACAAAAUCUGUAUCUGUCUGAGAACCCACUUUCACCACUGCAACUCUCCACAUUUACCUUCUUGGAUGAUCUUCAAACACUACAUCUACGUUCAACAGGAAUCUCUCUGGAUGACAACUACUUUACAACACAAAAGAAAUUAAAUUUCUUGGAUAUUUCAGCAAAUGGACUGACCUCUCUUGAUCUAAGGAACUUAAAAUCACUCACAAAUCUUCAAACACUCUACCUGCAUGAGAACAAUUUAACGAAGCUGGAAAACGUUGAGGAUAUAAAUACGAUCUUACCAAGCUUAUCUACUAUCACCCUAUUCAAGAACAAUUUCGGCUGCUUCUACAACAUCUUAAUGCACGAAUUACUUGUAAAUUUAAAAAUAGAAAUAUACGAUGGUUUCAAAAUCAUCGAAAAACAAGAGGAUUUAAAUAAUAUGAGAGUCAACUGCAAUGAAAUUAAUCAAUUAGGACCUAGGAAUCUGGAACAAGCUAUGUUUUUUAAACAAAUUACUAAUUAUUUGGAUAAGUACUUUCAAGAUCAAUUAACCAAAAGUACCCAAAAUAUCUUAAACUACUUUCAAAAUGAAAGGUCUAAAACAGAUGAAAUCAUUUCGAAGGCUAUCAAUGAUUUGAUGGAACAACAAAAUAAAACGGAAGGGAAAUUUAUAUCCAAAAUCAAUGAUUUGAUGGAACAGCAAAACAAAACGGAAGAAAAAUUAAUAUCCAAAAUCUAUUCAAUGGAAAAGAAAUUAGAAAUAAAAAUGGAAAAUCAAUUUUUAAACUGUAAAAACAUUUCAAGCAUUGUAAGUAAAUCUAUGGAGCAACAAAAAGUAGAAGAAAAAAAAUUUUUGAACCAAAUUAACUCCAAUAAUAAUAAAUACAAAGACAUUCUAAAUAAAGUUAAAGAUCUUACUGGACAAGUGUCCUUUCUUAAAAACAUGAUUACAACAAAUCAGACACGGCUAAUAAAAAUUAUGGAAGAUAAAUUCUUGAACCUUGGUAAUCAAUAUACUAAGAACAUUUUUAAUCUCACAAAAACCUUAGAAGCAGAAGGAUCUAAAACCAGAACAGAUGUGAUUGCACAUCAAAACAAAAAGGAACAAGAUUUAAUGAUCCAAAUUAAUUCCAAUGACAAAGAAUACAAAGAAUUAGUUAAAGAAGUGAAAAAUCUUACUGAUCAAGUGUCUUUUCUCAAAAAUAUAAUUUCGACCAUUUCGGCAAAACAGUCACAAUUAGAAAAAAAUAUGAAUGAACAAUUUGUAAUAUAUAAUAAGAAUUAUGAGAAUCUUGAAAAGAUUUUGCAAACAGAAGUAUCUAAGACCAUUGAGAAUACUAAAAACCAGAACAAAAUGGCCGAAGAUUUAAUGUCAGAAAUUAAAUUUGUUAAAAAAAUGUUUGAAGAGGAAUUUCAGUUGCAGAAUUCCGAAGAACCAAAGAGUACUUUGAAUUUUAUUGGGGAUUUUUUUAAUAUCACAAGGGAACUAUUUCAGGCAUUUUUUGGAGUUUAACUGAUUAUCCACGUUCAUUUUAUUAUUGCUCAAUUUAUGCUGUUUAAUUUUGUAAAGGCAGUUUCUCUUGGCUAAUAUGGAUAAUUUAAUCAAUAAAAAUAUUAGAUACCUACCUAUUAUUGCUUCUGAAAUAAAUAAUUCUAUAUCUUAAAUGUAAAAA